GUUUGUACUGGCUCCAGCUCGACUCUGGUGGAUAACAUUGCGUGGAAAAUAAUGUUAAGUCCGCUGUAUGGAGCCGACCUCCUCCAUCCACGCUCCGGCGGCGCCACCGCCAGGUUCCCACCUAGUGCCCGCUAAAGAGCUCCAUCGGGCGGGGGAUGUGCUGCGGAAUCUCCGCCCGGCGUAYUCACGGGCCGGGGGGCACCAUGGCUUGAGGAUUUGGGGGGAGACUCCACCGUACGCUGCUGACAACAGGUCACAUGGAUAAUCCCUCUCCAAACCAAACCCACCGUAUCAUCCCGUGUUUUKGGUGAUUAGAGCGCCGCUGUCGGCUUGAUGUGGCAGCUGAGCCGAGCSGGAGGAGGGCAGCUCGUCCUGGCUGUCGACUGAGAGGAGAACGGCGUGGAGGUGCAGGUGCAGGUGUUUGUGCGGCUGAGGGGGCUUCAGCAGGAUGGAAAUAGAUGCCUGUUUUCGCUACUACUUCCAGCACCCGUGGUCGCGUCUCAUCGUGGCCUACCUCGUCACCUUCUUCAACUUCCUCAUCUUCGCCGAGGACCCCAUCUCCCACAGCCAGACGCAAGCUCACAUUAUUGUGGUGGGCAACUGCUUCUCCUUCCUGUUCAACAAGUACCCGGGCCUCGGGUGGAACAUCCUGAAAGUAAUGUGCUGGAUCCUGGCCAUUAUCACCGGCCUGUUAGCCGGGAAGUUUAUAUUCCACCGCCAGCUCUUUGGUCGAUACCUGCGCCUGAAAAUGUUCCGCGAGGAUCAUGGCUCCUGGAUGACCAUGUUCUUCAGCACCAUCCUCUUCCUCUUCAUCUUCUCACACAUCUACAACCUCUUUCUGCUGAUGGCGGGAAGCAUGGAGCCUCACAUGGUGACGAAAUAUAUGGGCAUCAGGAACGAGAGCUUUAUGAAGAUUGCUGCAGUCGGGACGUGGAUGGGAGAUUUUGUGACGGCCUGGAUGGUGACAGAUAUGAUGCUUCAGGAUCAACACUACCCAGAUUGGGGCAAAGCUGCAAGAAGGGUCUGGAAACGAGGCAACAAUCGAAUCGUCCUCUUCUGGACGGUGCUCAUCUCUUUGACCUCGGUGGUGGUUCUGGUCAUCAGCACCGACUGGAUCAGCUGGGACAACCUCAACCGCGGCUUCCUGCCCAGCGACGAGGUCUCCAGAGCCUUCCUAGCCUCCUUCAUCUUGGUCUUCGACCUUCUCAUUGUUAUGCAGGACUGGGAGUUUCCUCACUUCAUGGGUGACCUGGAUAUAAAUUUACCUGGAAUGUCAACAGCACAUGUGAAGGUCAAGCUUCCUGUCUGCAAGCGCAUCUUUAAGGAGGAGUACCACAUUCACAUCACAGGUAAGUGGUUCAACUAUGGUAUCAUCUUCCUCGUGCUUAUAUUGGACUUAAACAUGUGGAAGAACCAGAUUUUCUACAAGCCCUACGAGUACGGUCAGUACGUUGGGCCAGGAGAGAAGAUCUACACGGUGGAGGAGCCGGAAACGCUCAGACACUUCAACCACAGCACGCUCACCUACGAGUGGCGCUCCACCAACAUCAACCCGAGCACCAACAAGACGUACGUGGAGCGGGACAUGUUCCUCCACAGCCGUUACAUCGGGGCCAGCUUGGACAUCAAGUGCCUGGCCUUCAUCCCGAGCCUGGCGGCGUUUGUCCUCUUCGGCUUCUUCGUCUGGCUGUUUGGACGCUUUCAGGACAGCGAGACGUUCACGGAAAACCAAGACAAGGCGUACGAGAGGAUAAAGAGGAAAUCACCUUCGGAGUACAGCAAGGAGAUGGGAGCGACCCCGGAGGACAUGCACCUGACCAUGAGCGACAGCCUGAAGCGGUCGGGAACGCCGAUGCUCCUGUCGGUGGACGGGUCGCACUUCGGAACGACGCCUUCCACAAACUCGACCAUAUCGAUGGACACGCAGGAGACGCACCCGAGCAUUGUGAUAGACAACGCAGUGCAAGACCAACCCGUUGUGUCGUUUGACGUCGGCAGACUCUCGCCGUGAACGCGUGGAUUUUCCAACUGCGCCAAAGCAGAAAGAAUUUACCGAGACUUCAGAUUGUUGCAGGUUUUUUUACCCACUAAACUUUAUCACACACACACGCACACACACACACACACACACACACACACGUUACUGAAGCAAACCUGUGUGUCUUUCAUUGGGAUUUUAUGUGCUAGACCAAUACAACAUAGUGUAAAGAYGAGGACUAAAUCAGGGUUUUAAGGAUCUUUUUCAAAUUAUCAGUUGGGAAUUGUUGCAUUCAUUUGCAUUUAGCCCCUCUGAGCCAAUACUUUAAAUAAAAUUCCUUUUCCUUUUCAUUAUAACUCGAGUUUAAUCAGAUAAAACGGAGAGUGUCUGUGAACAUCAACUUUCACGUCUUACCACUGAUUCUCGAUUGGAUUUAAGCUUGGACUUUGACUAGGUCACUAUGACACAUGAAUAUGCUUUUGAUCCAAACCAUUCAGAUACCAGUCUGUAUGGUUUGGGUUGUUGUCAUUUGCUGCCACAAGUAGCAUUUUGUACGUUGUCCAAAAAUCCAGUUUUGAUCUCAAAUGAUUAGAAUAUCUUCUUCUUUCACACGUUUGCUUUGUCUCCUACUGUAAACAAAACUCUUCAUUACUUUAUUUCAACAGUGAAAUAAAAUAAUAAACUCUU